AUGUUUCUUAUUAGGCAUAUAAAAAGUUGUAAUGGAUUUAAUUAUAACCAACCAACUAAUGUAGAACAAUUAUAUAUUGAACUUAAUUCUAAAGUACAAGAACCAGUUUUAUUAUCAAAUCUAAUUGGUGAUAGAACAAGAAUAUUAGAAGUGAAGUCCGAAUAUCCUCUAAACUAUAAUUAUAAUUUUAUUAUAAAUAAUGAUUAUGUUGGGGAAUCAAAGACAAUUUAUGGGUUUUCACUACCAGUUAGAAGAAUAUUUUCAAUGGAAGAUGUAUUUUGCAAUGGACAUAUUUCUUUGACACUUGGAACAGAUUUUGAUAAUAAUUUUAAUAAUUUAACAACAUAUUCAAACGUGGCAUAUCUUUCAUUAUAUGGUGACCCAACUAAAACCUAUCCAUUGGUCCCUAUUCAAGUUUUACCAAAUAGGGCUUUUUCAAAACUAUUGGAUUAUUUUUUACUCACCAAUGUAGGUCCAGUUUUUAAUAUUAAUGGCCAAUUUCCUUUAAAAAGAUUACCACCAAAUUUAAAAUCUUUUUCUUUUGAAAAUGGAAAAAUAGAGUUAUUACCAGACUUUAGUAUUUUUAGAAAUACUUCAAUUGUCAAUUCAUCAUUUAAAGGAAAUUCAAUUGUUGGGACCCUUCCAAAGUGGGAAGAGAAUGUAAAUAAAAUUGUAAAUCUAAAUUUAGAAGGUAAUAAUCUUAUGGGCUCAAUUGACAAAUCUUAUUGUUCUGUGCUUUUAAAUGUUAAAGAUAACCAACUUAAUGGAAGCUUACCAGACUGUUACGUAUGUAAUUUAAAAGAUCCAGCUUUUAUAUUAAAUUUUGAAGGCAAUAAUUUUAAUAAUAUUGAUGAUAGAACUGAUUGCAAAAUAAUACCAAAUCUCAAAAUCACCUAUGAACAAAUGAUAAAUAAACAAUUUUUAAAAAUUCCAAAAGUCAGGUUAUAUGGUUUAAAUAUUGGUUAUGAUCAAAACAAAAUUAUUUAUGAACCUAAUAUAUAUAACUUUGAAAUUAUAAAAGCCAAUUCAAUAAUGGAGGCAUAUUAUUCACCAGAAAGAUUGAUACACAAAAUUAAUUUUACAAUAAGCAAUCAAAUAUUUUGGGCAUCACCAGAUCCAUAUCCUCCUCAAAUUUUUAAUAUAACUAAAAUAGGGGAGCAAUUAACAAUUAGUGGUCAGUAUUUUUCAUAUGAUCCUUCUUUUGUAAGAAUAAUAGUUGGGGGAAUUAGUUGUAUUGUGGAAAAUACUCAAUUUUAUUUUAUCCAAUGUCAACUUUCAACAGUCCCUACACAAUUUAAAAAUCUCUCCAGCACUAUAAGAAUAGAUGAGCUAGAAACCAAAUUCAAUUACGAUUUAGAAGAUGAAAAUCUAUACUCACAAUGCGACCCAACCUUUUGCUCAUACCCAAAAGGACAAUGUAAUUACUAUUAUGGAAAUAUAGGUAAAUGUGAUUGUAAUUCUGAAUGGACAGGUCAAAUUUGCUCAACUCCAAACCAAUAUGUGUCAUCAGUAUUAUCAACUGACGAAAAUGGUGGCUUUGUUCAAAUGAAUGGUUGGUUUGGUGAUAUUCACGAAAAUAGCAAGGUAUUCAUUGGUGACAACGAAUGCUCGAGCCUUUUAAUAUCAACAUAUUCAUUAAAUUGUGUAAUUAAUGCAGGAAAGGGUUCACAUGAUAUAACUGUUGUUCAAAAUGGUAUUGAAUGGGUUGGUGCUAAAAUGUAUACUUAUAUUUCUAUUGAACAAUCAUGUUUAAAUAACUGCACAAGUGAAUCAAAUGGUAUUUGUAAUACAUCCACAGGUAAUUGUCUAUGCAAAUCAAACUGGAUGGGUAUCGAUUGUAGCACUCAAGUUCUAAAUCCAAACGAAGGAGGUCCAAAAUCAAAUAGUACUGUAAACCCAGAUGGCUCAACAACUGUAGUAAACGAAAAUACAUCUUAUAACAUUUAUAUUACAUCAUUAUUAGAACUAAAUAUUAACAGUGAACCAAUAAAAGAAUAUCCAUUAGAAACAAACUGGAUUGUAAAUAAUACAAAUGAUAAUGAAUACAACUCUACUGUAUCAUUUUCCCAAACUUUAAAAGAAAUUGAUUGUCAAGUAGUGUUAUUGGUUCAAGAAAUUAAAAAAGAAUCAAAUUAUUCUUUUGCAGGUAUCGAUUUUAAAUUAGAACCAGGAUCCAUCAAAGUAUCGGUAUCAAUUACCAACUAUCGAUAUCAAAGUCCACUAAACACAUUACAAUUACAAAUGAUAUCAAAUGUAUCGUCAAAUACAAUCGAUUGUAACACCAAAUCAACUGAAUCAACAACAUCAUUAUUUGAUAAUCAGUUAUUAAACUAUAUUACAAUCAGAAAAGAUAAUAAAGUACUCUAUGGUAGAUUUAUAAAUAGGGCAAUGUUGGAUGAACGUCCAAGAACAAUCACAACAUCGCUAAUAUCAAAUACCAACGAAUCAAUAACUAUUGGGAUUAAUAUACCACAUUGCAAUCAAUGUCAUAUCGAUCCAGACUUUUCAGUUCUAGUAUCACCAGACUUCAAAUCAAACUGUGAAAGCUCUUCUAAAAAAUCAUAUAUAAUACCCGUUGCUAUAGUAGCAAGUGUUGUUGGUGUUGCACUUAUUAUAGGUGGAACUUUUGCUGUAUAUAAAAGAAGAAUAGAACUUAAAUAUAUAAAAAAAGUAAUUAGAUUAAGUAAACUUAAUAAAUAA